AUGGCUCGGUGCAACGCGUGUUGUAUGGUGCUUCUCCUCGUAUGCGGUGCACUUCUGCUUGACAUGAAUCCCGGGAUGAUGGCGAUCAGCGCUGUAGCUUGUCCUCAGUACUGCUUGCAAGUGGACUACAUGACUUGCCCGUCCACCGGCAAUGAGCACCUGAGUCCCAGGUGCAACUGCUGCCUCGCCCCGAAAGGCUGCACUCUUCACCUGACCGGAGGCGGAUCAAUUUCUUGCAGUUGAAGGAAUCGAAAG